AUGCAAAACGCUAGAACAGAAGUCCUUAGCGGGAGAGAUGAAAGAAUCUUGUACGAUAAGCUUGCCAACUUCAAAGGCACCGCUCGGAUAGCCGGCAAAUUGAUAGAAAGAUCAUUAAGCAGUUGUUGAGAGAUUUUGAGGGUGAAGAAUAUAGACCAGAGGAACCAGACCACCGAAUUCCGGCGAUUGUUAAUGACUCGGUGUUGGAAGCAGCACGCCAGGUGCAGGGGUUUGAGGGGGGAGAUGUCACUUAUGGGGCUACCUAUGACGCUGACCAGGGAAUGACGUAUAAGAGCGCGCCUACAUUACCUUCCCAGCUUCUAGAGCGCUAUAAAGCGGGAAUCGACUAA